AUGGAACCAACUGAAUCUGCUGCCCCAGCCACCAUCUCCCACUCUGCCUCCUCAAUGGCUUUGACCACUGAAUCUCGUCAAGAGCAAUUCAGAAAGCGUCUCGAAUCCGAGCACUGCCUCUUGUGUAACGCCAAGGCUCCAGGUGUUUUGAGUUUCCAACAUUACAUCUCUUGCACCAAGAUCUUUUUGAAGGAAUUACAAGACUCUUUUGUUCCAUCUUCAAUCCUCUCAUACUGUUUGGAUGAAUCAUUGUUGGAAAACAUCUACUCUUCCCCACAACAACUCCAACAACUCCAAACUUUGAUUGCCCACCUCCAACACCUCCAAGCCUCCAUCAUUGCCAAGUCCCAACCAGCCCCAGCCAAGGAAUCCGCCCCAGCUGCUGCUGCCCCAGCCAAGGGAAAGAAGAAGUAA